ACCCUAUACAUUUCUGCUAAAAAGCGCCAUGUAAUCUUAUCCUGCACUACCACACCUUUCUCUUUGUACAACACUUGCCACGCAACCCCUUUAAGCUAUAUACUCUCUCUACAUUAAAUAUUGUAAGAAGAAGACAUCACUUAAGAUUGUGUAAUACUCCAUCUAUCUCAACUCAAGUAUCUUUGAUCACUUUAAAAACCAUAGAUCUUUAUAUAUACUUACACAUAUAUGUGUAUGUUAGGAGAGAAGAUUAUACUUUUAUGGAAUUAUGGUGAUUAGAAAUGUGAUCUUUAUGGAAGUGAAUUGAUUUUGAGGAAAAGACUGUGUUUUGUUGGUGGGAUUGUUGUUGAAACAGUAGUGGAAUGUCAGGGUCUGGGACUAAUGAAGUUAAUGUUAAUGAAUCAAAGAUGGUGGUUCCACUCAAUACAUGGAUCCUCAUCUCCAAUUUCAAGUUGGCAUACAAUCUUCUCCGUCGACCUGAUGGGACUUUCAACCGUCACUUGGCUGAGUUUCUUGACAGGAAGGUCCCGUCUAAUUUAAAUCCUGUGAAUGGUGUUUUUUCUUUCGAUAUGAUUAUUGACCGUCCAACAAGCCUGCUUACCAGAAUCUAUCGACCAGCAGAAGCUGCAGAGGAAGCACCUAGGUAUGCUGAUCUUGAGAAGCCCUUGAACUCCGAUAUAGUCCCUGUCAUUAUCUUUUUCCAUGGGGGAAGUUUUGCACAUUCUUCUUCAAACAGUGCUAUCUAUGACAGUCUAUGUCGACGUUUAGUAGGCCUUUGUAAUGCUGUCGUGAUAUCAGUAAAUUAUCGGCGUGCUCCCGAGGACCCUUACCCUUGUGCCUAUGAUGACGGCUGGACUGCACUUAGGUGGGUUCAUUCAAAGACAUGGCUUCAAAGUCGGGAUUCUAAAGUUCAUAUAUUUUUGGCUGGUGAUAGCUCUGGUGGUAAUAUUGUUCACAAUGUUGCUUUGAAAGCAGCGGAAUCAGGAAUUGAAGUGAUCGGAAAUAUACUACUCAAUCCAAUGUUUGGCGGGGAAGAGAGAACUGAAUCAGAGAAGCGACUAGAUGGGAAAUACUUUGUCACUGUUAGAGACAGAGAUUGGUAUUGGAGAGCAUUUCUUCCUGAAGGGGAAGAUAGAGAUCAUCCUGCAUGUAAUCCUUUUGGUCCUAAGGCUACAAGCAUCGUUGGAAUGAAGUUCCCGAAAAGUCUUGUUGUCGUUGCUGGUUUAGACCUUGUUCAGGAUUGGCAGUUAGCUUAUGCAGAUGGACUUAAGAAGGCUGGUCAAGAGGUUAAACUUCUAUAUUUGGACAAGGCAACAAUAGGGUUUUACUUGUUGCCCAACAAUGACCACUUUUACACCGUGAUGGCUGAGAUGAAAAAUUUUGUGUGUUCUGACUGUUCAAUAGAUCAAUUGAAUACAGGCACCAGUACUUCAGAAGCUUUACCUAAUGCUUGAAGUAAUUUUUUUUCAACUAGUUGAAGUUUGUUUAAUUGUCAUUCUAUUACUAAUUACUACCUUGUUGAUCCUAGCUUCACCUGGAUCGUGCUUUUCAACGGGAUUCAUCUUAUAGGAGAUGAUUUGCUUAUUUUCACAGGCAUAGUUCAUCAUAGAGAUGUAUCUGCAUUGUGUAUCACUGGCACCCAUGUGUUUGAACUUCACCCUUUGUAGUUUGUAAAGAUAAUGUUGUGUAAUAGCAACUUUGUAUUGAUUGACUUCUUUCCCCGAAGGAGAGGAAGACAGAAUCGUAUUGAUAAAAUUCCUGGGCCAAAGGACUGGUGCCUGGCUUUGUCUAUAUGCUAAUUUCAUCAAUUGUAUUGAUUAACCUAUGUUAUGUUUAUACAUAUAAUCAAUAUUAUAUACUUAUUUGUGGAAA